AUGUCUCGCAGGCAGACCGUACGUACCAGUCACCAUUACAACCACAGCGGCCCCAUCUCAGACGACGCCAGCUACUUGGAAGAAGAGGACUCCGGCCCAGGAGGGUCACACGAACACGAGGACGACUGGUCUUCUGACGAGGAGGCAGACUACGACGAGGGGGACGAUAUCAACCCCGAAGACUCGGCUUCGACAUCCCCUGUGAGGCGUCACUACCAAGACCCUCGCACGCAACAGGCCCCAGUCCGGCAGAGAAUCGCGCACCGGCCAGCUUCCCAAUACGACUAUCGGCAGUCGCCGAACCAAUCGACCAGCCUGGAUUCGGAAUAUUACGAGUACGGCCGCGGUGGCUAUCCACCGCUGGUCGGGUCACAGUAUUACGCUGGCGGCCGGGGUGCAUAUCCCCAGAGUCACGUAAGUGGCUAUGGUCCCCCGCCGUACGGAGGCGGAAAUGGCCAGAUGGUGCCCUACGGGCCCCAUUACAACCAGAACCCAUUCGCGCCGAUGACCGGGAGCGGCGGCAACUAUUUUAACGCGGAGCACCGGGGAUGGCCAGGUGGGCCCGGCGGACCUUCCCCAGGGCAAGGUCCAGGCGGUGAGAUGAUGCCGUUCGGAGGUCAAAAUUAUUUUGGAGCACCGCAGUAUCCCCCCCCACACGGCAUGCAGCAGUACCAGUGGACGCCGCCGCCGCCGCCGCCAACAGAUAUCGGCCAACCCCGAACUCCUGCCCCGGAGCCGGUGAAGGAAAAAGAGGAUCCCGAAAAGGAGCUCAUGAAGAAGAGGCUCGCGGAGAUCGAGGCCGAGGCAAAGAGGAAAGAGGAGGAGGCCAAACGGAGGGAGCACGACGCCAUGAUCAUGAAGCAGGCCCAGGACGAGUUCCAGCGCAAAAUGGAGCAGAUGAAGAGGGACGAAGAAGUCCGAGCGGAGGAGAGGAGGAUUGCCGAGGAGAAGGCGAAGAAAGAGCUCGAAGACGCGAGGAAGGAGGCCGACAGAGCGGCGCGGGAAGCCGUCGAAGCCGAGAGGAGAGCCGAAGCCGAGAGGAGGAAGCGUGAGGCGGAGACCCUGGAAAGGGUCGAGAGAAUCGCACGCGAGAAAAUCGAAGCGGAGCGAAAAGCCGAAGAACAGAGGAGGAAGCAGGAGGCAGAGGCUGCCGCUCGUGCGGAAGCGGCCGCGAAAGCUCGGCUUGAGGCCGCUUUAAGGGCCGAGGCCGAGGCCAAGAUGUUGGCGGAGAAGAAGGCCGCGGAAGAAGCGGCGUGGAAGAAGAGGAUGGAGGAAGAGGCGAGACGGAAAGCCGAGGAAGAGGCCCGAAAGAAAGUUGAGGCUGAAGAGGCAGCUAGGCGUGCGGCCGCGAGGAGGGCUGAGGAGGAAGAGGCGUGGCGGAAAAAGAUGGAGGAAGAAGCCAAGAUGAGGGCCGAGAUAGAGGCUCGGAAGAGGAUCGAGGCCGAGGAAGCGGCGAGAGCCGCGGCUGCGAAAAAGGCUGAGGAGGAGGCGCUGAUGCGGAAGAGAUUGGAAGACGAGGCGAAGAUGAAGGCUGAGAUGGAGGCCCGCAAGAAGAUCGAAGACGAAAAAGCAGCGGCAGAAGCUGCUAAAGCCGCCGAAGAAGCCAAAAAGAAGGAGGAAGAGGCUUUCAAAAAGAAAGCCUUGGACGAAGCCAAGGUCAAGGCCGAGGAGGCAAACAAGAAGAGCCUCGGAAAAGACAAGGCGCCUAUCCGGUUCAAGGAUGCCGUUGGGAGGAAAUUCAGCUUUCCCUUUCAUCUAUGCCAAAGCUGGCAAGGCAUGGAAGAACUCAUCAAGCAAGCUUUCUUACACGUCGACUUUAUCGGUCCCCACGUGCAAGCCGGACACUAUGACCUGAUCGCGCCAAAUGGGGAGAUCAUACUUCCCCAGGUAUGGGAGAAGGUGGUCGAGCCGGAUUGGUCAGUCACAAUGCAGAUGUGGCCGAUGGAACAGCGACCGGCCGCGCCUCAUAUGGGACGCGGGCAAAUUCCGGCUCACAUGGCCGGACGGUUUCCGCCGCAAGGUGUCGGCAUGGCCGCUCGCCGUCCGGGAGCGCCACCACCACCCCCUGGCCAUACAGGUAUGGGCGCCAUGGGUGGUAUGGGCGCCAUGGGCGGUAUGCCCGGCGACAUGGGGCCUAACGGCCUAGGCGGCCGCCCGGCCGGGCCGCCCAUCCCCGCGGGCGUCCAGAUCAUGCAAGCCAACAAACCUCCAAAGAAAGCUUCAAAGAAAGCUCCAAACAGCGUGUUUAACUGGCUGGGGGGGGCUCCGAAGCCUAAGGGAAAAGGGUCAGUAGCCGCAUCCGUCAUGUUCUUCGUUACCUAA